AGAAGAGACCGUUUUGUAAUGCAUUCACAGGUUGUGGCAAAAAGCGAUCAAAUGGUUACCAAACUAUGGAUAACAGAGAAGCGUCGGAUCCGUUGGUCAGAUUGAGUCAAAGAAUCCUCACUGAAGCAAAACAAUGGGAAUUAAUGCAAAAUAAAUACAAGAAUAAUGAGAAUCCCAUUUAUGAUUACAUGUCGUCCCGGAAGAGGAGAUCAAUUAGCUCUAAGAAAUAAUCGAUUGGAUGCAGUCGUGCGCCCAAUAUUCAACACGUUGUGUAAUUUUUUUGAUUCAUCUGUAGUGCCAUUUGAAUGGAUUAUUAAAAAUAAAUAACUUCUUAAUAAGAGUUGGGAUUGAUUUUCAUUAAAAAUCAUUUAUAUAUACGGU